GCUGGCGGGAUCGGUCCGGGUGCCACAACAGACGGAUCAAGUUAUCAAGCUUGAAUGGUGUUGCUCUCGGCCAAUCAGAGGCGUCUCGCUUGAAGGAUGUCCAUAUGUAACACCCCGCCGAGGGGCAUCGAGGGGAAGUUGAUAAUGAUAUGAGGUUGAAUGGAUAAAAGCAACAACUACAAUCCAUAACCUCCAAUAUUACAAAUCUGAACCUUCAAAAUAUCAGGUCUCAGGAAAGCAAAAAUGUUGAUCAACGAGUCUCACGUCGAUGUCCCUACCUCUGCCAAUGGCAAGGAGGGUACUAUGCGCAUCUUUGUCUUUCAUCCAACUAUCCCUGGAUAUCCUAAUGCACGCUUCCCUGGUGUGAGUCUUUUCAGCGAGAUCUACCAAGUCACUGGCCCUGUUGCCCGCUUCGCUCGUCAGAUCGCUGGUCAAGGCUACAUUGUCGCUGCACCUUCAUCUUACCAUGACUUCACCGGCCCUGAGCCCCUCAAGUACGAUGCCGAGGACACUGAUCGUGGCAACAAGUUCAAGAUCGAAAAGACCCUCGAGUCCUAUGAUGCCGACUCAUAUGCCACCGUCGAUUACCUCCUCUCACUUCCCACCUGUACGGGCCGCAUUGGAGCUACAGGCAUGUGUCUAGGUGGCCACCUGGCCGUUCGCGCUGCUCUUGACCCUCGCAUCUCUGCGUGCGUGGCCUACUUCGCAACGGAUAUUCACUCCCGCACACUCGGCCCCUAUGAUGCGCCCAACACUUCAUCAACCGCUCCUCCCGACAGCAACCACACCAUCGAUCUCUUCAACAAGUUCAAGGGAGAGGUCGCCAUGAUCUUCGGUGUAAAGGACACUCAUGUCCCUGAUGCUGGUCGCGAUCUAAUCCGUGCCAAGCUUCGCGAGGCUGGUGUCCCUACCAGCUUCUAUGAGUUUGCGUGGGCUCAGCACGCCUUCAUCCGUGACGAGCUAAGCAAGGGACGUUAUGAUCCUGCCAUCACCAAAGUCUGCUUCGAGGUUCUGUUGGAACUAUUCGGUCGUGUUCUCAAGACUGAGUUGGGGGCAAAGGACGGCGAUGUCCCACCUCCAGAGCACGUUUGCUAAAUUAGUAGCCUCCACAGACGUAAAGUUCCUUGAGAAACAAUUAUCCUCAAAAUAUCUGAUUGAAGUGUAAUAAUAAUCUAGAUUCUUUACUUCGUGAAUAUUGAGAGCUGCUGCUCUGCAGUCCCUGGCUGGGUUUCAUAAACCGAUACAUACGCCCAAUCUUUUUAUACGGAUGACCCAAUCUGAUUUCUAAGGGAGAUGACUGUUCUAGUCUCUCGAGUGAACCGAAUACCAACAUAGAAAAAUUCAGUUCCGUCCCAAAUAACCACCCCAAUAUUACUACUUUCAAUACACACUGAUCAGCCGUUACAGUUCGUAUGUCUCACUUCCAGGUCCACUAGCGCUGGGGAGCGGGUGGUUGUCCUUGAGGAGGUGGCCCCUGAGGCGGUCCCUGACCAGGCCUUUGCAGGGGGUGGGCGACAUUGUACUGGUUACUGGAGCCGGCAUAUGGCUGGUAGCCUUGAGAACCCUGGGUUGGGCCGGCAGAUAGAUUAGAAUGGUAGGGCGUUGGGCCCAUGCCAGCCUCAGCCUCUUCAUCGAAGGGGCCACGGUGAGGGCUGCGAGG